AUGGUCGACGUUGGAGCCUUGUCCUCUGAUCACGAUCGAGCAUGUGAAGCCUUUUAUCAAUUAUAUGGAGGUCAAGUUGACUACGGAGAAGUCCACAGUCAUGAAGCAAAGCAUAACCGUUUUGGGGACACAUUUGAAAAUCCAAUGCAUUCUACAUGGAGUGCAUCCAAUCCUAUACACUUAGUAGGUCAUAGCUUCGGAGGUACCACAGCUAUAGAACUCUACCAAUUGCUCUGCUCCGACUUCUUUGGUGUUGGUAGCGACUCUCGGUGGGUUGUAAGCUUAGUUUCGAUCGCAAGUCCACUUUCUGGCUCAACAGUAUCACAUCUCUUUGGACUCCACGACUUGCAUAUGGUGCCGUAUUCUCCAGGUCAUUUUAUUGGCUCAGCUUUAGGUGUUUGGUUCAAGCUUCACACCGACUGGUCGUUGCUCCGCCAUGUCUUUGACUUUCGGAUGCCUCAAUGGCGGUGUGUCAACACUUUUCGCGAAAUUCUUUCACCAACUGGCCGCAUCAAUGGCACCAAUGAUCUUGCUGUGUAUAACAUAUUACCGCGAGAGCGUAUGAGACGUAAUGCUCAGCUAAUAGACAUGGACAAGAUUUUUCUAGUGUCCGUUGCAACCUCCAGUCACGUUACGAUGCCUCGAGUGGAGGUUUUUCUGACAAUACUUGUCGUAGUCUGUGCAAUAAAUUGUGCGUUAAUGCACACAGAAACAAGCACUUUGUCAAUUUCGGCUUUGUGUGCUUCAUUUUUCAUUCUUUGGCGACGUCUUCGAGCUCUCGAUUAUGCCUCAAUUCCAUCUCUUUAUUGUCUUUUGCUUAUCAUGCGGCGACAUGUUCGCACGCUUCACAUGAUCUUUGACGGAUUUGAUCGAGAACUAUGGGGUGAUAAUGACGGUGCAGUGAAUCUCUAUUCAAUGUUGCAACCAUGGGCAAGCGAUAGCGACACCGAGUCAACUACUUCAAAUUCCUCACAUUCCUCACUUACAGUCGACCUCGCGACAACUUCAAGCCCUAAAAAGGAUAUGCAGCAGAAUGUAAGCAACGACCCUCAAGAUCUUGAUCCAUUAGAUUCUGCCAACUUGUCCAAGUUGCGACGUGGACAUUGGUACGUUCAUCGUGUCGAAAAGAAUCAUCUGGCUGGAACGCACUUCGACAGCGACUCCCCCAAACUGUUUCAGCGGCUCUUUCCCGUUCUGGCACAUUUUGAGACAGCUCGCACUUUUUAA